AUGGAACGCAAUGGAACCACCACAACUCAGAUGGGCCAAGAACCAACAACCACCUGGAAGGGUGGCAUUCACGAUCUGAAGAGAUACAUCGGCAAGGCUCACCCAAACAUCUUCCAGAUCACACCGUUAUUGUCACUAGAACAGACCAACACGGAAAACAAGCUGGUCCAGUAUGUUGCUGGCCAGAAGCGUCCGUCCAAGAAGAAAUACAGGGACUUGGAGCGACGACUGAAUUAUUCCGUCACCAGCUCAGACAAGAUACUCAACGCAUACUGCAGUGUUAAAUGUGGCGACCGAGAUGAUGUAUACCUGAUGGACUGCCUUGCUGCAACUGAUGUUAUUCUUAAGCAUGGACAACCACCAGUAUUCAGGAAUGUGGAUCUUCUUUCAAAAGAGAUGAUACUGGCACCAUAUGUCACAAGACAGCACUGGCAAAUGUUUGUGGUAUACCCCAAAAAUUAUGAGAUUGUAUAUAUAAACCUAAUGGGUGAAGAUACAUCACAUCAGAGUAAAGAGGCAGUUUUGUCAACUUGGCAGAGAAUACUGAGCAGAUGUAAAAUGGGUCUACUCAACAAGGACACCCUUCAGAAGAGAUGGAAGCUGACAACAGUAAAACAUCAAUUACAACAAGACUUCACAAGCUGUGGAAUAUAUGUGAUGAAGUUUGACUUUCUGCUUGAUGGGGAGAACAUGAGCACCCCAUUUGAUACAGUUGAGACCAGAAUACACACAGCAUCCCAUUUGAUACAGUUGAGACCAGAAUACACACAGCAUCCCAUUUGA